UGUGGUUGCCGAAGCAAUGAGGCCAAAUGAACACCUUUCGUCUGUAUAUCGAUGUGUUAUAAUAGGAUAAACAUUCCACGUUGUGAUAUAAGCCAUUGCGCAGGAGAAAGAAGGCAGGGGACAGCGGACGGUUUUUUUUUUUGGGUGAAGGGGCGCGGCAAGCAGACACGCACGCGGUACGGUGGCACGAACCAAUAACACGCAUUUGGAGUCCUGCAGGCUGAACGAGCAGAGUUGUUGCAUAAGCGAUUGUAUACACACCGAGUGAGAAAUAUCUCUACACGAAAUCUAGACGCAGUCCCUAUUGUCGGUGAAGUUGUGUGUGUAGCGACGCAUUAAAAAGGGCCGACCCGAGAGAUAGUUUGUCUCAAUCGUUGGCAAGACGGGGUCCUUGGCUACUUGCUGCAGUCCUCAAAACUCGGUAGUUGUGGUUCUUCCGACGACUCUUCAACAUCGCCAUAAUCAAGCAGAAGAUAACGACAUGGGAACUAAAGUUGAAACAUCGUCGCCUGAGGACUCGCUGUCGCUGAUCCGCAAAUCUCUGCGCUCCGUGCACAUGUCGCAAGCCGAAGUCUUCGAGGAGUCGACACCUCAUCUCUUCGUCAUCUUUGGCGCAUCGGGCGAUUUGGCGCGCAAGAAGAUCUACCCGACCAUCUGGUGGCUCUACAGGGACAACUUGUUGCCGAAAAACACGCUCUUUUUCGGCUACGCCCGUUCGCACAUGAAAGUGGAGGAGCUCAAGGCCAAAUGCCACCAAUACAUGAAAGUGAAGGAGGACGAACAGGAACGCUAUGAAGCAUUUUGGGAAGCCAAUCGUUACGUGGCCGGCGGUUAUGAUUCGCGAAGGGAUUUCGAAUUACUCGAUCAAGAGAUGAGCCAAUAUGAACGCGGACCUGCAGCUAAUCGUCUAUUUUAUCUGGCCGUCCCGCCAUUCGUCUUUGAAGCCGUUACGGCCAACAUCCGCAGUGCCUGCAUGGCAAAAAAGGGCUGGACGCGAGUGAUUGUGGAAAAGCCGUUCGGAAGAGACUUGGACUCGUCGGCCCGUCUCUCGUCCCACUUGGCCUCGCUCUUCCGAGAAGAGCAAAUCUACCGCAUCGACCACUAUUUAGGCAAGGAAAUGGUCCAGAACCUGAUGAUCCUCCGUUUCGGCAACCGGCUGUUCGGUCCGACGUGGAACCGCGAGAGCAUCGCCAGCGUCCUGAUAACUUUCAAGGAGCCGUUCGGGACCGAGGGUCGCGGCGGCUACUUUGACGAGUACGGCAUCAUCCGCGACGUCAUGCAGAACCAUCUGAUGCAGAUGCUCUGUCUGACGGCCAUGGAGAAACCGGCCUCGACUCACCCCAACGACAUUCGCGACGAGAAAGUCAAAGUCCUCAAGUGCAUCCCGGCAUUGACGUUGAACGAUGUUGUUCUUGGCCAGUACGUUGGUGAUCCCGAAGGCCAGGGCGAAGCCAAGGAGGGCUAUUUAGAUGAUCCGACGGUGCCGAAAGACUCGAGGACGCCCACCUAUGCCUCCGCAGCGUUGCGUAUCAACAACGAGCGAUGGGAUGGUGUUCCAUUUAUCCUGCGUUGCGGCAAAGCAUUGAACGAACGAAAGGCUGAAGUCCGGAUCCAGUACCGUGAUGUCCCUGGCGAUAUUUUCCAGGGACAGGCCAAGCGCAACGAGCUCGUCAUCCGCGUCCAGCCGGGCGAGGCCAUCUACGUCAAAAUGGUCACCAAAACGCCCGGCAUGAGUUUCGACAUGGAGGAAACUGAACUUGAUCUGACAUAUGGAGCACGUUACAAGCACGUCAAAAUGCCCGACGCCUACGAACGGCUCAUCCUCGACGUCUUUUGCGGAUCUCAAAUGCAUUUCGUCCGAUCGGACGAACUGGCCGAAGCUUGGCGCAUUUUCACGCCUCUCUUGCAUCAAAUUGAAGAGGAGAAAGUGAAGCCUGUGCCCUACAAGUAUGGCUCAAGAGGUCCGAGAGAGGCUGACGACUUGCUGGCGCGUAACAACUUCAAAUACUCGGGCUCGUACAAGUGGGUGAAACCUUCAUCCAUUUAAACGAUGACAUUCCAACAAAGAAUAUUCCUGAAUCUGUUUUUAUAAUUAAUCAAGAAUUAAUUGAAAUUAAAAGCCUUGAAUGACUUAAUGUAGAGGUUUCUCUUGGUUGUCUUUUUUUUUUAAGAUGGUUUAUUUUAUGUUUCUUUUUUCGAGGUUCGGAUUGCAUGUUUGAUGUCUUUAUUUGCAGAUUCAUUGAGCUCAAUAAAUCUCUAUUCCUUG